AACGUCAUCCUCGGCGACGAGAUGGGCCUCGGCAAGACCGCGCAGACGGUCGCUCUGAUCCAGACCCUCCGCACGAUCGAGAAGCUCAACGGGCCGUUCCUCAUCGUCGUCCCGCUCUCGACGAUCACGCACUGGGAGCGCGAGGCGGCAGCGUGGACCGACGCGUACACGGUCCUCUUCCACGGAUCUGCCGACUCACGGCGCGCGCCGCGCGGGCAGGUCAAGUACCGCUUCCACAUCGUCAUCACGACCUACGAGACCGUGGUGCAGGACCCAGAGCCCCUCUCGCGCGUACGGUGGACGUACCUCAUCGCGCACCGCCUCAAGAACCGCCACUCCAAGGUCAUCGAGGCGAUGCGAGAGCUGCGCGCGCGGCGGCGGCUCGUGCUGACGGGCACGCCGCUGCAGAACCACAUCUCGGAGCUCUGGUCCAUCCUCCACUUUCUCGACGCGAGCAAGUUCGACGACCUCGACGACUUCCUCGAGCGGUACGGCGCGCUCUCCGCGGGCAACGGCACCGUCGGGCAGGUCAAUCGGCUCAACAAGCUGCUGCGGCCGCACCUGCUGCGGCGCGAGAAGGCGGACGUGGAGAAGAGCCUGCUCGCGCUGCAGGAGACGCUGCUCUUUGUCGAGAUCACGAACCUGCAGAAGCUCUGCUACCGAGCGUGCCUCGAGCAGAACCGCGAGCUGCUGCUGCGCGGCGUCGGCUCGCAGGGCGGCGGCCACGUCACCUUCAACAAUGUGUCGAUGAUGCUGCGACACUGCUGCAACCACCCGUGGCUCAUCCGCGAGAUCGAGGAG